AUGGCGGCCGCGCCGUAUAAGAUGGAGGCCGGCGGCGUGCACACGAGCAACUGUUUUCCUGCUAGGAGCGUCUUCCGGACCGGCCAUGGAGGGGCCGGCCGUUGGCUGCUCUCGCAGAAGACUCCUCAGGGGAGGGACAUUCGGAUGGUCGUCUGUUCCGCCUCCUCGGAAGAGAAGAGCAGGUCGGAGGUCGCACACAUGUCACAUCGGAGGAGCAGCUGCCCCCCGGAGAGGAGAAGGCGUCCCCCCAACUCCGUACUGGAUUCACAGUUCCUGGUGAAGGUCCAUCAUGUAAAGGAUCCCUCCGACCUCUGCGCUGUGGAUGUCAGUGAUAAACACCUGACUGCGGCCAGGACGGAGGAGUUUGUGCGGUUUAACAACGUCGCCUACAUCAACGCAGCCGAGAACGCACUCGCUUUGG